AUGUUUUGCACUCCAUGUUUUGACAAUGACCUCGAGACGAUCACUACAAUCACUGGUGAGGUGGUACAACCGAGGCGCUCAGAUGGCAAGAAGGAGCCGAUCCGUAAUAUUGGUCAAUGGUGCGAGUGCUUCGUGCGCUAUGCGGUAACUCUUCAACUCUCUGAUAGAGGCCGUAAAGAGGUAGACUUCGGUACAUUGUUCUCUUAUUUGGCUCACGUCUGUGCUGCAUUUGAGGUCCACCCGUAUCAGGCAGUUAUACAGGCAGAGGCGAAGUAUCGACGGACCGGUGCCAUGGCGGUCGCUAGUGGAGUAAUAACGAUGGAGAAGUUGUUCGGUGAAGAGACUUAUCUUCGUCCAAGGUUGGACAUGGAGAUUGGCUCGGUACUCAACAAUCGAGACUAUUCCCCUGGUAAAGGCAAGGGUUUCGGCAAGGCUAAGGGAAAGGGUUCUAAUUGGAGCUCUGCCCCUUUCCGUGGUAAAGGAAAAGGUCAAGGUAAAGGAAAGGGGCAUCGUUCACAACCUUACGACAACACCAAUGCUCCCAGCUCCGAGCCCCCUACCAUGAGCUCGUCUAACUGA